AUUUUUACCUUGUUUAGAAAAUAAAAAAUAGAUGGCAUGCGGCAUGUUCGCGUACUCAAUUUAUUUCUGUCAAGUAUGCUGCCUACGAUAAACAUACCCCGUCGAAGUCUUUCAACGUGUUUGGGGUGUGGUAAAUUUCAAUUGAGGACGCCCAUGAUGCAACAUCAACAACAAUUACGACAUUAUACCAUGGUAGAGAAUGCAAGCUUAACCAAGAAAUACGCUGCAGCACACGUCAAUUCUCGACCAGCCGAACCCUCUAUUGCGAUAAACAAACUUUCAGUGCAAGGACGAGCCAAUGAGGCACUUGCGAUAUAUCUAAAGUUACUAGCGGAAGGAGGAUUUCCUAGUCGAGAGUCCCUUUAUCAAUUAAUUCGAGGACUAUACAAGUCGAAUAAUUUGAUAGGCAUGUAUGCUGUUCAUGAUACCCUGAUUUCUUUCUACAGUCAAAAUCAACCUUCGAAACGUAGUGCGCGAUCCAUGAUUUACAUGUAUACCAUGUUGAUUAAUUUGAUUGCCAACAAUACCAGACCAGUGGAUAUGAAGACGAUUACACAGCUUUGCAAAGAAAUGAAUCGAUUCAACAAUCAAGUGAAUGUGGUCCUGUAUAAUACGCUCAUCAAGAGUCUAUUGAGCCAAGGACAAUUGGAGAGUGCACAUGCCAUGUUGGAUGAUUUAAAGAAACACACACAACCUACUCUAGUGACAUUUGGGAUAUUCAUGAAAGACGCAUCAAGGCGAAAGGAUAUAUCGACGUUAUUGCGAUAUUUAGAUGAUUUAGACCAGUCCCGGUUAACACCGGAUUAUGCCAUAACCAGCAUUGUAGUGACCACCUUAUGUGAUAUGCAAGAGUAUGACAAGGCGAUAGAAAUGGUCGAGAGAUUACAUAACACCGAAGAGGCAGGGCGGUUGAGCGGUGCCAAAUUUAGAUUACAAUUAUUACGAUCCAUAGAGCAUAGACGUCAAAAAUAAAAAAAUAAUAAAAAAAUUUGUGGCUUAAAUCUCAAC